GGUGGGUGGGGGGUGUGACGGGUUUAUAAGGGCUUGUGAAUCAUGAAAACAACCAGAGAUUGAAGCAGAAGAUCCAUACACACAUUCAGCUCUUCAGUCGGUCCUGCUGCAGUCAUGUGUGUCUCUCUUCACUGUGUGUUACUGUGUGUUUCACUGGCACUCACUGCUGCUUACGAUUCCCAGGAGAGCCGCGAGUCGUUUGAGGUGUUUGUGAAUCCGUAUCAAGCAAAUACUUUCAUGAGUAAUCCACGAAAUGGAAUAUACAACCCAUACGUCUACAGGAGGAUGAAGUCUCCAGCCGAGCGCCGGGCCGAGAUCUGUGAAGACUUCUCUCCCUGCCGUCUGCUUGCGCUCCGCUUCGGCUCACAGCUGGCCUAUCAAACGUAUUUCAGCGCUCAGCAGCACAGGCCCAACCCACAUCUGCGUCCGUACUGAGCCCCGCCUCCGACUCAAUGAAACCCCUGAGCUCCGCCUCCGACCCCGCCUCCGACUCAAUGAAACCUCUUCAUUUAACCUGUUGACUGUCACAUAUUUUAGUAAUUAUCAGGAAUU